AUGGCAGAGAUUGAUGAAAAAGAUCAUCAUUUUCCUAAAGGAAUGCGUGUUCUUGCUGUUGAUGAUGACCGAACAUGUCUUAUGGUUUUGAAGACUUUACUCCAGAAGUGCCAUUAUCAAGUAACAACCACAAACAGUGCAAUAACAGCAUUGAAGCUAUUGAGAGAGAAGAAGAACAAGUUUGAUCUGGUAAUCAGUGACGUUCACAUGCCAGACAUGGAUGGUUUCAAGCUUCUUGAGCUUGUUGGACUUGAGAUGGACUUACCUGUCAUAAUGUUAUCUGUAGAUGAUGAUCCAAGAGUGAUGAUGAAGGGAAUCAUGCAUGGAGCAUGUUUCUAUCUGGUGAAACCAGUUAGAAUUGAGGAGCUGAAGAAUAUUUGGCAGCAUGUAAUUAGACAAAAGAAGCCUCGCGUGGUUUGGUCCGUCGACUUGCACCGCAAAUUUGUCACUGCCGUCGAGCAAUUAGGCAUUGACAAGGCUGUACCUAAAAAAAUUCUUGACUUAAUGAAUGUUGAAAAGCUUACAAGGGAGAAUGUGGCAAGUCAUCUUCAGAAAUAUAGGAUUUUUCUGAGAAGAGUGAACAACAUUGGAAUUGGACAAUUACAAACACUCAAUAAUAACUCUGGUUAUGGCUUAAGAUCUUUUUCACCUUCUAACAUGCUUAAUAGAUUCAACACUCCUUCAGCUCUCAAUGCUCAUGGUUUCAAUUCCAAUGAUACCCAAUUUCAGUUCCCAUCUUCCGGCUUGCUCGGCCGCGGCCGCAGCAAUAACAAUCAGAUUUAUCUCCCCGGAGGAGGACUUAAUUCUGUUCAAAACUUGAGCACUAUCUUUGAUUCUAAACAGAGUUUUUGUAGACAGAAACCUAGCUCUCCCAUUUUGGGAGUUUCCAACAAUGGUUUGAUCUUGGAACAGAAUCAUCAAGGUGGAAUCUAUGAUAAUAUUCCAAAUUCUGUAGGAUCUUCUUCCCAAGAACAAAUUUCAUUCCCUUCUUUACUUGAUCAUCAUCAUGGUAAUAGUUGCAACAAUGAUAUUUGGUCAAAUGAAUGCAACACUUUGAUGAAUUCUUCAACUUUUCAAGGUGGGAAUCUUAGUGGUGCUUCAUCAAUCACUUCACUCUCUAGCCAAUCCCAUGAUUCAUUCACUGAUUUGAAUUUCCAAGGAGUGAAUUUCACCAACAAUAACAAUAGCAACAAUGUGCAAUUUCAAGGGUGGAAUAGUAACAAUAAUAACAAUAAUCAGAAUGGAAAUUACCAUGCAUUGAGUGGCCUUAUUGAUCCAUUCUCAAAUUCAAGCUUCAACAGAAACUUGGACUUUGAUUUUUGUGAUGCAUCGCAAAUAAAGCAUGAUGGGGUUAUUGAUUUGACUGAAGAUUCUUCACUGAAGCAACAUCAGUUGUACAAGACUAGGAACACUCACAUUUCUAAUAAUGCUGGUUCCUUGGAAGACUUUGUCAAUGAAAUUAUGAAACAGAAACAAGACAAGAUUAAAUUACCAGAAGGAGACUUCUUGUGUGACAAUUAUUCUACUGGUGGAACAUCUAUGUGA